AUGCAGCUUCGCGCGCUCGCGUGGGGCAGCCCGCGUGCACCCGCGGUGCUGCCCGUCUUCCAGAAGGUCAACGGCCACCUGACGGACCCUGCAACCGGACACCGCCUGCGCGGACGCGGCGCCGGCGCCGGCCGCGGCCGCAAGGGCCCUGUCAGCCGCGUAUCCUUCGGCACCUUUUUGCUCGUGGCCGUGAUCGGCUGGCGGGCCUUCCGGAUCCUGGGGCACGCCUGGUUUGGCGGGAAGAAGCAGCAGCGGGGGCAGGGAGAGGGAGAGGAGGGCGCGCUGGUCGAGUGGGCGUCGGACGCUGACGAGGACGAGGAGGAGCAGCAGCUGCCGCCCCUGGCUCCGACCUGGCGCGUCAGCCCAGAGCUCUGCCCACAAAGGCGUCGCCGCGCGCUCAUCCUGAAUGCCGCGUUAAUGGCGCGUUAA